AUGUCUUCCAGAACGGGGGUGAAGUUCAUUCUCGGUACGCACACGGUCGGCGAUAGCAUCAAGGACCCUGGGAUUGUACACUUCGAUAGUGUCAAAGAUGUCCAAAAUCUUUUGGAUGCAUUCCACAACCGUGGCUAUACCCAUAUCGACACCGCCCGUGACUACUCUCCAAACGCUCCGGGUGCUUCUGAGGAACGCCUCGGCCAGGUUGGGGCCGCCUCUCGAUUUACCAUUCACACCAAAGUCCACAGUGGCCAUCCCGGGGAUCAUGAACCCUCAAAGGUCGAUCUGAGCAUUGGGCAGUCGCUUGAUGCUCUCAAGACUUCCGCGGUGGAGACGAUGUUUCUCCAUGUGCCUGAUCGAAAGACGCCCUUUGAGGAUACGGCAAAGGCCAUGAACGACGCCAUCCAGCAAGGGAAAUUCAAGAAAUUUGGACUCUCCAACUAUACCGCCGCGGAAGUUCAGAAGUUCAUCGAGAUAUGUGAGCAAAAGGGGUAUACCAAACCCAGCGUGUAUCAGGGACAUUACAACGCUAUUGUGAGAGGAGGCGAGAAGGAAUUGUUUCCACUCUUGCGUAAACACAACAUUGCCUUUUUCGCCUACAGUCCUGCAGCGGGUGGCCUUUUUUCAGGCAAUGCUGCUACAUCGAGACGGUGGAAGGACGAUGCCUCGGUGACCACAGUUCGAGGUGCCGCCGAGAAGCAUAGUAUCGACGGACAUUCAGCUGCGCUGCGAUGGACGGCGUUCCAUAGUGCCUUGGAUGGAAAGUAUGGAGACGGGGUGGUUUUUGCUGUCUCGAAAAUGGAACAGCUACACAAGACUCUCGACGCUCUUGAGGCCGGGCCACUCCCUGCUGACCUAGCUGAGGCUAUCACCGCCAUCUACGCCACAGUUGAGGGUGCUGAACCUCCUUAUCACCUCUAG